GAGAAUGUACAGCAGUGUCAACAAAUUCCUGAUUUUACCUCAAUAUUGUUCAGGUUUCAGGAUCUUCCCUGAUGAUUUCAUAUGAUCUAAAUGGUUCGGUGAUCUUAGCUGCAUCUGGACUAACUGGGAGACUUUGGACGGGUUCUCUAUGGUACUAUGAAGAUUCUACGAGUGCUCCAGAUGUAAAUAGAUGCAGUGCAGGCGUGCGUACAGAAGCAGGGAUCACAGACGUGGAAUGGAUAGAUGAAAACAGACUAGCUAUUGGAUCUGAUACAGGUGCAAUUGAGAUUUGGCAGCUGGAGAGCAACGCUUUCCGCAAUUUGUUCUAUCUGUACGAGCACGACAGUGCAGUGAACUCUGUCAGUGUGAACUCUAACAAGACUAGGGUCAUCAGCGGUUCAUCCGACAGACUGAUCAAGCUAUGGGAUCUAGCUACACAGCGCUCUAUUGGUACUCUCAAUGUUCACACAGCGAAGGUAGAACAGCUGGCGUGUAGUCCCAACGAACUAGAAGUCUUUGUUUCAUGCUCCCAGGAUGGUUCAGUAAUGUUAUGGGAUAUGCGGAAAGCUAAACCAGCACAGCGUCUAUCCUGUCCUUCAGGCCUGCCUACAAGUGUAGUUUGGAAACCAGGAGAAUCCUAUGUUAUAGCAGUCGGUGACGAGAGUGGUAGCAUCACUCUACUAGACGCUCGUAGUCAUCAAAACGCAGCUAUUGUUACAUCAGCUCACACGAGGGCAGUACACAGGCUAGCCUUCUCCACCAAAUCUCCUCUCUUACUUGCAUCUGUAUCUGAUGAUUGUACAGCAGCAGUUACUGAACUACAACCAGAGCUCAAACAAAUAUACCGUAGCUAUGCCCACAAUGACUUUGUUCAUGGACUAUCCUGGGAUUCUCAGAGUAACAAGCUUCUAACCUGUGGUUGGGAUCGCCAAGUCAUAUCUCAUGAUAUCAACAUAGCAACAUCAAUGGCCGUUUAGACAGUUCCAGCUAUGGUCCUUUAGACAGCUCCAGCUAUGGUCCUUUAGACAGCUCCAUCUACAGCCCUUUAGACAGCUCCAUCUACAGCCCUUUAGACAGCUCCAUCUACGGCCCUUUAGACAGUUCCAUCAACACCCUUUAGACAGCUCCAUCUAUGGCGCUUUAGACAAUUCCACCAACGUCCUUUAGACAGUUCCACCAACGUCCUUUAGACAGUUCCAUCAACGCCCUUUAGACAGCUCCAUCUACGCCAUUUAGACAGCUCCAUCUACGGCCCUUUACAGAGCUCCAUCUACGCCAUUUAGACAGCUCCAUCUACGGCCCUUUACACAGCUCCAUCUACGCCAUUUAGACAGCUCCAUCUACGGCCCUUUAGACAGUUCCAUCAACGCCCUUUAGACAGCUCCAUCUAUGGCCCUUUAGACAGUUCCACCAACGUCCUUUAGACAGUUCCACCAACGUCCUUUAGACAGUUCCAUCAACGCCCUUUAGACAGCUCCAUCUACGCCAUUUAGACAGCUCCAUCUACGGCCCUUUACAGAGCUCCAUCUACGCCAUUUACACAGCUCCAUCUAUGCCAUUUAGACAGCUCCAUCUACGGCCCUUUACGUAGCUCCAUCUACGGCCCUUUAGACAGCUCCAUCUACGGCCCUUUAGACAGUUCCAUCUACGGUCCUUUAGACAGCUCCAUCUACGCCCUUUAGACAGUUCCAUCAACGUCCUUUAGACAGUUCCAUCUACUGCCCUUUAGACAGCUCCAGCUAAGGUCCUUUAGACAGCUCCAUCAAUGGCCCUUAGACAGCUCCAUCAACGCCCUUUAGACAGCAACAUCAAUGGCCCUUUAGACAUUCCUCUAUAUCUAGUGCUGUACCAACCACCCCAAAAAUAUUUUGCUCUGUGUGUUAAUAGGGGUUUGACAUUGUUAUACUCGAUUCACCUGCAAGGAACCAAAUCCAACUCGGGUUCCAUGUGCUUGGCUUUAUGUUCUUGAUUUGCCUCAGGUUUGUUAACCCCUAGAAUGCUAGGUACCGGUAAGAUAAUUGAGUUUGAGUUUGUACAUUCCAGCUGUACACAAGUUUUUUGUUUGUUUAGGUCAUUGCAUGGUGCACUUUAUUAUACAACAUUGUGCCAUUAAGGAGUUUAUGUAGUGCAAGGUUAACUAUAAACAAAUACAGUACUUUAAUAUAAGAAAUUUCUUGCAACACUAGCUUUCUACAAAUCCUAAAAGAUAGCUGUUUUGCAGUACGGUAAUGACAUUUUUUUGGAGGUUGCCCAAAGAUAAUAGUCGUCAUAUUGCUUGAUGAUUAUAACAACAGAGCCUGUGCAUGAGGUUCAUCCCGAAAUCGUUCAAGCAACGGGCUAGAGCAGGGCAAAUUCAGUGUUUGCACUGCAUGGUGUGAUCACCACACCAUUGUUCAGCACCAAAUUGUCUAGAACUAGCAACUUUUACCAAGUUGGCCAGUAUGAUGUCACUCCUGAUUGUCUCACGGUAAUAUAAUCAUUGGAUAGCAGUCAACAUUGACAUUGUGUGUAUUCAUAGCGUUGCAUAUCUACGUGUUUAGUUUAUUUAUAACCUUCCAGCGCAAGAACUGGCGUUUCACAAAGAUCCCAAGUCAAACUUAACUCUAAGCUGGACUCAAUACUAUGGACUUAAUAGUAUGGAGAGCCAUUUGUAGCCUUAAAUAAAAUAUAGUCAAAAGCAAAAAUUGAAGUAUUUUAGACUUUUUAUAAA